UUUAUAUGCAUAGGGCUCUUUUCUGUAUUCUUUUCUCUCCAUAUUUUCAUCUGAAGAUAAAGCACGUGUGAAUAUACGUGACGCGCGUACUCUCCCCGGUCCUGCUAUUAUCCACUUCCGCCGCCGCCGCCGCCGCCGCCCGUCGUCGUCCUCGUCGUCGGCGAGAUCCCGCGCUUGAUGCGGCCGUGAAGCCACACCAAUGGCCGCGCAGCCGCCCAGCUCCUCGCCGCAAGAUGGUUCCGGCGGAGGCGGAUCCUCGGAAAAUCUGGUACUCCAAGCCCCACAAGCAGUGCGGGAGGAUUACGUGCAGAACGCCGUCAAUUUCCUCGCGCAUCCGAAGGUGAAGGGUUCACCGGUGUCCUACAGGUACUCUUUCCUGGAGAAGAAAGGGCUCACGAAGGAGGAAAUCGACGAGGCCUUCCGUCGGGUUCCUGAUCCGCCGACAAGCAGUACGGAUGCUGCGGCUGUUGGUUCGCAACAAGCAAGCAAUCCAAAUCAAUCUGCCGGGGUGCAGCCUUACGCAUCAGUUCAGUCGCCACAAGCACCAACUGUCUCUGUCGCCACUGGUCAUAUUGUCCCACAAACGCAGACACAAUUUAGCUGGUAUCAUACGCUCCUUGGUGCUGGUAUUUUCCUUGGAGUUGGAGCCAGUUCAGUUGUCGUCAUCAAGAAAUUGUUCCUGCCUAGGCUAAAAUCUUGGACCCGUAGAAUCGUUUCUGAAGGAGAUGAAAAUGCGGACAACGAACUGAAAUCCAAGCUUUAUGGUGAAAUUAAAGAGGCUAUGGAAGCUUCCUCAUCAGCCUUUUCUACUAUUGCUAAAACAAACCAAGAAUUACUGGCUUCAAAGGAAGAAGAUAAGAAGAUACUUGUAAAGUUAACAGAAGCAUUGGAUUCUCAGGCAGAGGUGUUGAAAUCCUUGAGCGAGACAUUACAUCAUACAAGGGAGAAUCGGUUUUCGCAGUACAAUAUGUUGGAAGAGCAUGCUCAACCUGGACCAUGGAAUGGGCCAACUACUAAUUCAUGGAGAACUUCCCAGCAAACCAAUAUGUACACAACGACGCCAAAUGGUGAUUUUGACUCAGGGAGGCAACCGUUCAUGCCGUUACCUGCAGAACCUACAUCGGGAUCAUUUCCAAGAUCUUAUGUUGAUCAGCGGGUGCCGAGGGCUGGGUACGGGUUCCAGCCGCAGAUGGGCUAUGACAGAUCGAACCCUGGCACUCGGGAGGGCUACUACGGUUCUCCUCCGUACUACUCCGGGGGCAGCAACGCCAUUGAUGCUCCAGCACCGGCACCAGCACCAGCUCCAGCACCGGUACCAGUACCAGCUCCAGCACCAGCAGCGGCACCAGUUGCACAGGAAAGCCCGUUCCAGCGCCACUGGGUUCCCCCACAGCCACCAGGGGUUGCCAUGGCGGAGGCCGCGGCCGCCAUUCGGCAGCCAAGGUCCCUUCCAAGACAAGAGCCACAGCCAGCAGCAGGCUCAGCCGAUGCUCCGAGAUCGGCAGACUCUGCCGUGAAUGAGCAGUUGGGCGGUCGAUCACCCGCCAUCACCGGUGACGAAUCACCUAGUAGCAGUGCUGCCAUGGGCACCAUGGCUGGCGCGGCCAACGGUGAGAAUGGAGAAGGGCCUGGAGCCGCCUGAUUUUGACGAGAGCAAUUCAUUCAAUUUUCUGUGUUGUUGUGUGCGGUUCGCAUAUCUAAUUAUCUAUACACUGUUAAUUAGGUAUUGGAAACUGUAUAUGAUGGUUGUAAUUAGCAGCGCGUGUAUAAGAAAAAAAAUUGGAUUAUGUACCUGUGCGAUUCACUUGACGGUACCAUGUAUACGGAAUCACUUAUAUUUUCUACCUGUAUGUAAAAUUACAAAUACCGAGCAUGUCAUAUCAACCAGCAGCUUGGAUAGUUAUGAUUAGUGAUGAAAUGAGCAUAUCCCCGUGUGUGUGCACCCUUAUUUGUUUGCUGGUAACUUCAGCUUUUCCGCGGUAGCUCUGGUUUUUAUGGUGAAUUGGAUAGUAACUUUCCAAGUGAACUGGUAGGUAUGUAGAAUUUAUGUUGAUAUGCAUGAAAACAAAUAGACGCUCCAAUUUUCGCUUGUGUUUAUAAGAUCCCUGCUUAUAUAUACUGCUCCAACUCCACCAGACUAGAUAUCGCGGUACAUCGUUUCACUUUGUUUUAACUUGUCAAGUAGCAUGCUCCUUUCCCUAAAAUACAAACCGGUCGGGUAGCGCCUAGCUUAGUAUGUCAUGUAUGGGAAAUCACACAAAGGGAAACGAUUUGCGAGGGGAUAGCAGAAGAGUUGAAGAAACAUGCGGGAACAGGAGGCUUCAGGAACAUGGGUCGAGCAGCUAUUCUGUAUGCUGGAUUAAGUUAAGCUUGAAGUUGCGGCUCCAUCUCAGAGUGAGAAACAUGUUGAACUUUUGUGGUUCCCAGAUGAGGUAGAGUACCAGAAAUGAAAUGCAGAUAUUUCAAUUUUAUAGGUUUGUCGGCAACUCGCGUCUGUUUAAAUCGCAGAGUCGAAGUAGGAACUGCUUAGCGCAGCCGACCUUUUCUUGCUAUCUUGAGCUUUCAAUGCGAAACAAAUCCAUGCUCUACCGACUUUCACUUGCAUUAAUAAUUCUUCCUCCCCUUAUACAUACCUCUGGAACUUCACUAGAGUAGACAUCCGGUUAAAUCAUUUCAUUUCUUUUAACUUGUCGGUAGGUUCACAUAGUAGUACAUGAUGCAGGGGACAAACACAUAAAUCAAGCAAAAUCUAUUUGCAAGAGAACUGAAGAGUUGAAAACACAUGUGACAACAGGAGACAUAAUGAGGAACAUGGCCGGACAUGGCUCGCGCUGUUGUUUCCGACACUGAAUGAACUUGAGUGCCUUUAUUAUUUUUUUGACAUGUAGCUAGAAGUUGUGUCUUCAUCCCACUGAUAGAUGCUGAAAUUACAUUUGUCGUGGGUCUGUUUUUUUUUGCUGCAGUGAUAGCUGUCUUGUUCUUGUUUUUUCCACUUGUUGUUCAUGCAAACUAGUGUCUUCCCCAUUCUGAAUGGAAGCUCUCCCCAUCGAAGGAAAAUGUUGGGAAGUUUAUGCAUACUUAGGUACUUACAAGUAAUUAAAAAGGUAAUCAAUGAGGUACACAUGGAUGGUUGCGGCAAAAUACUGAGAAAUCAAACUUGUGGGGUGACAAAUCAAAAUACUUACAUAAUCAAGUCUACCAAUAAAGCAGGAAGAGCUGGUCUUGGUGCAAAAUGGAUAGACGACUGAUGAAACUAGUUUCUUCUUUCUCCAUUGGAGAGCAAAACAAGGAAAACAAUUGUUAAGGUUUGUAGGAGGAGCAGAACUCGAGUCUGGCGCCUUAGACCACUCGGCCAUCCUGACUCGGUUUUCAGGUUGAAAGUAUUGGUUAUCUUUCAAGAGUUUACUUCGCCUUUUCCAUUUGAAGUUUUCCAAAGUACUAGAUUGGUAGGUCGCACGGUUCCUAUAAUGAGUUCUUUUAACAUCAAUAUAUUGGUAUUUAUGGCAAAUUGUGGAUUCUGAAAGACGACAUUAUUUGAAAACAUGUUGAGAGUGAACGCUCGACGAGGCAGUUUGUUUGUUCUUUUGCUAGUAACUUAGCAUGUCCGAACCGUGAAGUGAAGUAGAAACUGCUUAGCAUAGCCAACAUUUUCUCGGUAACUCGAGCUUUUAUGGCGAAUUGGCUAGUAUAUAGUUGCUUUCAAAGGGAACUGGCAGAUUGUUCAGUUUAUAUACUUUGAUUGAUGACAUACAUACUGAAUGCAGGCUCCAAAUUUCGCUUGUGUUACUUCACCAGAGUAGAUAUCACCAUACAUCGCUUCACUUUAUUUUAACUUAUCGGGCAGCACCUUCCCCUUAAAAACCUUGUUGGGUACCCCCAUAGCUCAGCAUAUAUACAACGUAGAGGCAACCACAUAAGCAAAAGAAAACUGAUUUGCGAGGGGAGAGCGGAAGAGUUGAAAAAAAAAGGCUUCAGCAACGUGGGUAGAACAAGUAUUCCUCACUGUGCUGAAUGGAUUUAAGCUACAGGAGGCUUCAUCCAAGAGAGGAACAUAUGUUGAAAUCACUCACUUUGGUCAGCUCAAAAAGAAAAGAAAAGA